AUGGGGAUUCCCAGCUUUAACCCCGCUUUAAUUGGCCCGCCAGCAGAAGAGCGACAGGAAGCGGACGACACCGACGACAGACCGGGCCACAUCCAGUCCGAGGUAUGCCUCGACCCAAGAGGCCGGGUGCGCCGGAACCGAAGAAACGCAGUAGGAAUGGUUGUUGGUGAGACGUGUGAUUAUAGUAUCAAGCUGAAUUGGGAAGGGAGGAAAAAGAAGAACCCUGGCUUCGAGACCAUCCUAUUCCAAGUCCCUUCGGAAUCUUCAUCGAGUUCGCAGCAAGAUGCGCGGUGUACAUCAGUUGCAUCGUCCAUCGCGACGACAUCGCGCAUGACAGAGGGGCAGUCGCCGUCGAUGAGCAGCUUCCGAGCCGGUGAACAGGAGACAAUCCCAGGCUCGGAGCCCGCAAGGGCCUCCUCCUCCGGCACAAGCUCAAAGGGCUCCCUCCCUGGCAUGAAUGUCUUUGGCGGCCGAUCCAGAGGACAUGCCCGCGACAACUCAGUCGAAAUACCAGUAUGCUCUCCUGAUUUUUCGGGUCCAAUACCAUUGCUUCCUCAACCUCACAUCAGCAAUUUCAACGCCGUAUCAGGGCCAUAUGCCUCCGCGUCCGAGAAUAGCAUCGAUGGCAUCGGACGCCCACCUCCGCUCAAGCGGCUGAAGUACAGCGUCGACCUCGACGUGCCUCCGCAGAUCUCGUCACCAACCGAAUCCACCUCCGCGGGCGCCACACCUCGGCUCUUCCCCAGCAUCACCAGCACCGGGCUAGCUACAGCCACCACUGCCUCCUCGCCAUUGACGCCAGCUGCCUCCUCGCCGUAUAGCGACGGAGGGCGCCAAACCUCUUCCAGCCAUGGGAUGCUUGGGUCUCCUGAUGUCCGCAAGAUGUCAGUCAACUCGCUUUUAUCAGGACCUCCCGGCCCGGUAGCGCGACAGUAUGCGCCGCCAUCGGAGAGAGCAGUCAAUGCAAGGACUACUUUGUGCUUGUCGCAAGUCACCACAUACUAUGGAGUCGAUCCUGGUUUCAAGGACUUGGACCUCGGCCAAAAUGACGAUGCCCAUGCUAUAAUCAAGUCGUUCAGGGACUCCACUGCCGAGGAUGAUAUGAGGGCGGCCGAGUCCAUCAGGACAGAGGACAAGAGCGCGACACGCCGGCAAGGGUACUAUAACCGCCCUAUGCCGGUCCGCAUUCCUCAAGACCUUGAGCCCUUGCCCUCCAAGCUGCGCGACAAUCCAAUGAACUUGCUGUACUUCCAUCAUUUUAUGAACCAUACAGCCAAAGCCCUUGUCCCUCACGAUGAUGAGCAGUCCAAUCCGUACAGACAUGUCCUGCCACAGAUGGCCGUCCAGAACGACAAUCUACUGAGCCUCAUGCUGGCAUACUCUGCUUCUCACCGUGCCCACCUGUUGAACCAACCAGAGCCCGCGACACGAAUAGCACACUGGGUGCAAGACAUCUUCCCAGCUUUGCGAGCCGCGCUCAACGACCCGAACCAGAAGAUAUCCAACGCCAACAUAGCAACAGGUAUCAUGCUCGCGUCACUGGAGAUCGUCAGCCCAACCGCAUUCGGCUAUACUAUCCCGUGGCAGCGACACCUUGGGCUCGCGCGCGAGCUGAUCGCGUCGCGGCCGGACGGGAUCCGCUGGUCGCGGCGGUGGACGCAGGAGGACCAGGUGCGCGCGUUCCUGUGGAGCUGGCUGGCGUACCUGGACGUGCUGGGCACGCUGAGCGGGGGCCGGAGGGAGAGCUCGACGGCGUGGAUCCUGGACUACCAGAAGGACGACUACGAGGAGGAGUUUGACGAGAUCGACUGCCUGAUGGGCAUGACGACGCGCGGCGUCUACAUCCUGGCCAAGGUGGCCGAGCUGGCCAAGGAGUGCGACGCGCUGCGCGCGCACGGCGGCGGUGGCGGGGGCACAAUCGCCGCCCCCGCCCACGCCGCCGUGGUGGUGGAUCUGCCUCACGCGCCCGGGGUGCUCGGCAGGGAGUGGCAGCCGCCCAAGGACAUCAUCACGAGGGCGUGGGAGCUGGAGGACGAGGCGAAGCGCAGCAUGAUCCUGCCGCCGCAGCCGUGCAAGCACCUGCACGCGUCGGGCGACGUGGUGCGGUGGGAGCAGCGCGAGAUGACGGCGCUCAACGAGGCGUUCCACUGGGCCGGUCUGGUGCACCUGCACCGGCGGGUGCUGGGCAAGCCGUCGGGCCACGAGGACGUGCAGGCCGCGGUGCUCAAGAUCCACGCCUGCAUCGACUGCGUGCCGCUGGGCGGCAGCGCCGAGGCCAGCCUGCUGUUCCCGCUCUUCACGGCCGCGUGCGAGACGCUCGCCGACGAGGAGCGGCGGGCCAGGGUCCGCGAGAGGCUGGGGAGCAUGGCCCGCAGCGGGUUCUUGCAGGUUGCGCGGGCCAAGGUGCUGGUGGAGAAGGUGUGGGAGAGUGGCAGGCCAUGGGAUGAGAUGGUGACGACCGAGUUUAUUGGGUGA